UGGCAAUGCACCACAGGCGGAUGAUCCGCAGCUCGCGCCAUCCACCCACACGUGGCAGAGAGGACCGAAUCGGUGGCAAAGGCAUGUUCGCACAGCGCAGCGGGAUGCGGAUAUCAGUCAGAGCUGUCAGCCGCUUUGCACAGACAAACCGAGUUGCGAUGGCUAAUGGACAGGUGGCCCAAAGCGCUCGAAGCUUGUCAGCAGCCGAAAUCCUAGCCAAAAUCAAGCAGGCAAAGCAGCCGACUUACACCGAAGAGGAGACGCAGCCAGAGAUCAGCCACGUGGAACUACACAGCUUCGUGCGCUCGCAUCUGGCAACAGACACCUAUGACGCCAUAUCAUACUACAUAAGGCAGAUGGCGAUGGGGUCUGCAAGCGGCAUGGCUGACAUGCGGAUGGCCCUGCGUCUCUGGGCUGAGUUCCUGUCCUGGCUGAACAGGCAGCAGCCGGAAAUUGUGGUUGCAUACCCGGAUGCAGCUGCCUCAAUCAUCGAGCAGCAGAUUCCGAGAGACCACGACUGCUCAAAGGUCUGCAAGGGCCUUGCCGGUGAUCCAAAUACCACAGACAGCACCAAUCCCAGAUGCGAUUUCACGCGCGGCAUUCGGUAUAUUGUUGCAAAACUGGGGCCGCUAUGUGACAAAGGACCAGCGAACGGCUAUCGCAGCAGCGAUGGCGAUGGCGAUGGCGAUGGUGAUGGUGAUGCGGCGGCCAAUGAUGCCGCGAAGAACCAAGACGCAAUCGAUGCGUCUAGCACCAUCGAGGUGUCAGCUAGCGAAAGCGACAUCGCCAUCCAACCAAACCCCGCACCAGUCGUAGCAUCAAGCCGAUUCGUGACGAGAACCCCGAGAUGCUUAAAGAGCAGGCAAUCCGCAGGCGCAUUGCGAAAAAUGAGAGCGACAGCCAUCAGAUCGAGGGUACGGUCAUGCUCAGCGAACAUUCGGAGGAAAAAGCUGAAUCAACAGUCUGAUCCCCGCCGCCUAUCGUGUGUGCAGCAUGGCUGCACGAUUUCAUUCUGCAAAGACUUUGCGGGCUCGACCUUUGCGGCACGCCGGGUUCUGAUCUUGUGCCCACCGACAGUGCAGGCUAAUUGGACUCUCGAAUUUCUGAAAUGGACCGGAGUCGCUGAGGUCGAUACACCGAUUCUGCCAGCACCAUUUGAGCUACCGCCAGAUGGGAUCCUGGCCGGCGACGCCAGGCUCAAGCAUCUUAAGCUCCUGGCCAAGGUACGCGAGCGUGCUAAAACUGUCAUAACUCAGAAGCUCAUCAGCAGCGGCGUCAUGGUCAUGGGCUACUCGUCAUUCCGCGACCAUGGCAACAUCAACAGCGGCUGGGAAGAUUUUGUGCCGGAUAUCCGACUGUGGAUGCUGGACCAUGAUGAGGGACACAAUAUCAAAAAUCCAUCCACACGGAUUUCUACUAUGGCCAAUCUUCUUCGGUCAAAGUCGCGCAAUAAUCUCGAGGAAUAUUGGACCAUGGUCGAUUUUUGCUACCCCAACUUCCUCAGCAACCUGAGCGACUUUCGCAAUAGCUACAUCAAUCCGAUCAAGAGCGGGCUUUACUCGGACUCGGAUGCUUCGGCCAAGCGGCUCAGCACGCUCCGGAUGAAAGUAUUGCAGAGAUUACUUGUCCCGGUCGAGUACAUCAUCUCAUGCCCACUGGCUGAUGUUCAACGCGAGCUCUAUGUCAGCUACAUAGAGCAUUUCUGCAACAUGGCUACUGCCGACGACCGCAAUCUGAACAAGGACCUCCUCCUCCAUGGCUCUACCCUGACGACGAUCUGCAACCACCCAGCAGUUUGCAAAGCAAAGUUGGCUUACCACCGCAAGCUGCUUUCAAGGAAAGAUGCGAAACGCAUAAAGCAGAUCACGCUCAUGGAGUUUGCAGAGGGCGAUGACAGCGAAGUGGUUGAUGUAGAAACGCUCAAGUCCACAGCCGAUGAACGGUGGACUCGUGAUAUCUUUGAGAGGCAUUCACAAAUGGUCGAGCUGCAGGGAGCGCACCAGAGGAUAUCGAUGCUCAUUUUGCUGGAGAUUAUAAGCAAGAGUGUCGCUUUAGGCGAGCGCGUGCUGGUAUUUUCGCGCAGCAUUCAGACAAUGGACUAUAUACAGCGCGUGGUCAAGGACCUGAGAGUGGCAGUCGGGCCAACGACACCAUUUAUGCAGUCUGGGAUGGUGCGAAUUGAUGGCAGCACGCCGGUUGUUGAUCGGCAGAUGCUCAUUGACCAGUUCAAUGUACCCAAAUCGCCGCACAACAUGUUCCUGAUCUCCUCCAUGACCGGAUCGCUGGGGAUCAACCUUGUUUCUGCCAGCCGAGUCGUCAUCUUUGAUGUUGGCUGGAACCCACUCUACGACGAGCAGGCGGUUGCACGCGCAUAUCGAUAUGGGCAGCGGCGGCGGGUCUAUGUCUACCGCUUGAUGACCACAGGCACUUGGGAGGAACGACUGUUUGCAAACAACGUGUUCAAGGUCAGCAUGACUCGGCGGGUGGUUGAUAAGCAGACGAUGGGUCGGCGUGUUAACAAGGAAGACAUGAAGAAGUACUUCGAACUACCACCAUCGGACCCACCCAAGAUCACAGGCAAGGCCAGGGAUGAGCUUCUGAAGGACUAUUCGGAUGAUGUUGUGUUUGCCAGCGUCAUGGCGUCGUACCAGGACAACAUCUCAAGCGUGACACCAGAUGCGACACUUUUAGCGAAUGAGGACGAAAAUCUGUCACAAGAGGAUAUGGCACAUUUGGAAGCCCUGUUCAUCCACGAGAAGCAACGGCUUGGACAGCUACCUCCCCCUCUCCAACCAACACAGUCACAAGUGCAGCAAGCUAUGGUACUUGCAAAUGCAGUUGACAGUUUGCACGCUGCCACCCUGCCUGCACUCCAUUCGUUGCCGUUGCCGACCGUUGCAUCACCAGAUAAGCAACAAAACACGCCAUCAUCAAGUUCUAUAGGCCAUGGCUCCCUUAUCCCCAUGCAAACGUGUAUGCUGUUGGUGCAGCCAGUAGUAGUCCCUACAACCAAGGGUGCAACUACUUCUGCGCCUUUAGGUACGCUUUCCUUUGCGCAGCAAUCACAGCCAUUGCUGCAGACUCUCUCUCAGCAAGCUCCUAGCCACAUACCCGAGCAUAUUGCAUCAAGCUACAAAACCGCAGCUGAACCUCGACGGCUCAUUCAAAAUGUCCAGAAUGAACGCAUUACGGUGACAGAAGCGCUGCUGCGUAUACUGUCAGCUCGACUUGAGAGCCAACAAUUGAUGGAUAACGACCCAGAUAGCGCUAGGCGAAAAGGCCUUUGGGGCUUGAUACGCAGCUGGCAACAUCUGGUUAAUCAAUAUUUGGCCAAGGGCACCCCUGGAUAUGCAGACAGAGCCAACCACUUUAACUGCUCUGCCUCUCUGUUUGAACUGUUUCCAAUCCUCUAUAAUAGUGAUGACAACUACUUGAGCUUAGUUAUCAGACAGUUUCCUCUUAGCUAAAAUCAAUAAUAA